AUGGCAAUCCCAGCCUCAACCCCAGACACAUGGGCUCUAGUGGCUGAUUUUGUAGGCUAUAAGCUGAAGCAGAAGGGUUAUGUCUGUGGAGCUGGCCCUGGGGAAGGCCCAGCAGCUGAUCUGCUACACCAAGCCAUGCAUGCUGCUGGAGACGAGUUUGAGACCCGCUUCCGGUACACCUUCUCUGACCUAGCCACUCAGCAACAUGUGACCCCAGGCUUAGCCCAGAGACGCUUCACCCAGGUUUCCGAUGAACUUUUCCAAGGGGGCCCCAACUGGGGACAUCUUGUGGCAUUCUUUGUCUUUGGGGCUGCCCUGUGUGCUGAGAGUGUCAACAAAGAAAUGGAGCCAUUGGUGGGACAAGUGCAGGACUGGAUGGUGGCCUACCUGGAGACAUGCCUGACUGACUGGAUCCACAGCAGUGGGGGCUGGGUGGAGUUCAGAGCUCAAUACGAGGACGGGGCCCUGGAGGAGGCACGGAACUGA